CACCAAUCAAGACGGAAAUGCGGAGAAGGACAAACGUGCCAGGAUUCAGGAAGUUCAGGCGCGCACCGACAUUUCCGACGCCGAGAAGGCGCGCCUGGUCCAGCAAAUAAUGACUGAAGGCUGCCAGUGGCAGCAGGAGGUCGAUGAGGACGAGCGCGAUAAAAUCUACCAGGCUGGCAUUGCUGCCUUUGCGCCCCACAAGAACGACAAGGAGCGGGAGGACCUGCGCAGCUCCAUCACGUGCCAAGUGUGCCUGGAGUACGUGAAGCGCCCCAUCUCGCUGGCCUGCCAGCACAGCCUGUGCCUGGAGUGCCUGCGCGGCGUGCGCCGAAUGGACACGGCGCAGCGCAACUGCCCCUCCUGCCGCGCGCCCAUCGCCAUCAGCAUGUUCGAGUCGGCGCGUGUGAACCAAGCCAUGGUUGCCUUCAUGCGGCGGCUGGCGGACCUUGGCAGGCCCAGCCGGGCAGGCAAGGUGGUGGCGGCUCGGGCGCACACAGACGAGGUUGAGGACCGGCCCGAGGAGGCCUUUGUCACGGAGCGGGCCAAGCGUGCCGGAAUGGCCAACGCCUGCAGCGGCGCCCUGCGCAUGACGUGCGGCCCCAACCACUUCGGACCCAUCGGGCCCGAGUUCGACCCCAAGCGCAGCCGGGGUGUUGUGGUGGGUGACCUCUACUCCAACCGCAUGACGUGCCGCAUGGAGUGCGCGCACCUGCCCCACGUGGCCGGCAUCGCGGGCCGCGGCGAAGUGGGCGCUCAGUCUGUGGUGCUGAGUGGCGGCUACGUGGACGAUGUGGACGAGGGCGACUGGUUCCUGUACACCGGCAGCGGCGGCAAGGACCUGAGCGGCAACAAGCGCAACGGCGACCACAACGGCGACCAGACAUUCGACCGCAUGAACCUGGCAAUCAAGAAAUCGUGCGUGGAGGGCUACCCCGUGCGCGUGGUGCGCUCAUGCAAGGAGAAGCGCAGCGCCUACGCGCCCUCCAAGGAUGCGCUGAAGCAGCUGCAGGAGCUUAUGGACGGCGGUGACGAGGCAGCGGCGGCGGCGGCGGCGGGCGGCAAGGGAGCAGGCGGCGGUGGCAGCAAGAAGAAGAAGACGGGUGGCAAGACGGGCGGCAAUAAGAAGGGCAAGGGCAAGAGCGAGGAGGAGGAGGAGGGCGAGGAGGAGGCGGAGGAGGAGAGCGGGGAGGAGGAGCAGGCGAGCGAGGAGGACCAGGACAGCGAGGAGGAGGAUGAGGAGGAGGAGGCGGAAGAGAAAAAGAAGGCGGAGAAGAAGGCGGAGAAGAAGAAGGCGGAGAAGAAGCAGAAGGGUGGGAAGAAGGGUGGGAGGAGCAAGAAGGCUGCGGAGGAGGGGCAGGAGGAGGAGGACGGUGAGGACGAGGACGGCGAGGGCGCAGAGGAGGGCAAGCCGGAGGCGGAGGCGGGCUGCAUCAAGACCGCCAAGCCCAAGACGCUGCUGCCGGUGCGCUAUGACGGCUGCUACCGCGUGCUAGCCUGCUGGCGUGUCAAGGGCAUCGAGGGCUUCCUGGUGUGCAGGUACCUGUUCGUACGAUGUGACAACUCGCCGGCGCCCUGGUCGUCCGACGACACCGGCGACAGGCCGCGCAUGGAGAUCCCGGAGCGGGCGCAGCAGGAGAUGGACGCCGCCCGGGAGCUGAGUGAGGAGGUCACCUUCAUGGGUGGCAGCCCGGCAUGGGAUUUCAACGCGGCCACGGGCCAGUGGGGCUGGACCCGCGACCCGCCGCACAGCUCCGGCGGCGGCGGCAAGGGCAGCGGCGAGGCGCGCAAGAAGGCCGGCGGUGCCAAGCCGCUCACCAAGCAGCUCGAGGCGGCGCAGCGGGAGCUCAAGAAGCUGCUCAAGCAGCUGACCGACAGCUACAGCUGCCAGGUGUGCACACGUGUCAUGUCCAGCGAGCAGCGGCGGCCGGUGCAGACGCCGUGCGGACACAACUUCUGCCUGCAGUGCCUACAGGGCCACAUGGUCAAGUUGGAGCAGGCCGCCGCCAACCCCGCCGCUGGGCGCAAGUCGCGCGCCUGCACGCAGCGCAAGCCCUGCCCCAAGGCCCGCUGCGGCAAGGACCUCACCGACUUUAUGACCAGCGUGCGAGCCAACAACGCCAUGGCGACUCAGGCGGCUGAGAUGGCGGCGGCUGUGGCGGCCAAGGAGGCGGAGGUGGCGCGCCUGCAGCAGCAGCUGGAGGGCGGCGCCGCCGGCCCCAGUGCGGUCAUUGAGGCCCAGCCGCCUGUCAAGGUGGAGGAUCAGGAGGCGGCUGCGCCGGCGGGUUCCGACGCCGACACCGUGGGCUCUGACGCCGAUGAGGAGAUGGGUGAGGCCGCGGUGGCGGACGAGAAGGUGCAGCAGCAACAGGAGGCGCAGGAGGAGGAGGCGGCGGAUGUGGAGGAGGAGCCGGAGGACGAGGCCGUCGCUGGCGGCGGCGCCGCCGCCAGCCCCUCCACCGCCGCCGCACUGUCGCCUGAGCCGCAGGCUGAGGCGGCGGCGCAGCAGCCUGCCGACGCCGGCGGAGCCGGCACCGCUGCCGGCGAGGUCGAUGGCCAGGGCCGCUACGGCCACGCCGCUGUGGGGCUUGCUGCCAAGUUCCCUGACUUUGACGUGGCGGUGAUUGAGGGCAUGCUGGAGGACCAGGGCGGAGACGUGGGGGAGGUGGCCGCCUUCCUCAGGCGCAUGGCGAGGGACCAGGCCGCCGCCGCCCGCUCGCCGAAGGCCGCCGCCGCGCGCAAGCCCACCGCCGGCGGCAAGCGGAAGCGCAAGUCCGGCGGCAAGUCCAAGGCCGCCAAGUCCAGGGCGGAUGAAGAAGCGGCCGCCUGCGAGGAGGAGGAGGAGCAGCAGGAGGAGGAGGAGGAGCGGGACGUGGCGGCGGAGGCUGAGGAGGAGGCGCAGGGGGAUGCGCAGGAGGAGCAGGCGGGCGAGGAGGCGAUGGAGGUGGAGGUGGCGGUGGCGGCAAGGGGUCGCAAGGCGGCUGGCGCUGGGAAGAAGCGGGCUGCGCGAGCGGAGCCCAGCAAGAGGCGGCGGAAGGCGGUGGCGGCGUAGUGCAUGUGCUGUGGGGAAGGGGGCCUGCGUGCAAGCGGCCUACCCGGCUUAGUGUGCGAGGGGGUGGGGAUGGGGUGGGGGCGGGAAUGGUGGUGCCGGCGGCGGCUCUAGUGUGUUGGUGCAUACAUGUCUUGUGGAACACUCGGUCUGGAGGUCUGGACAGAGUGCAGAGGCGUACGGCAGGAGGGCUGUGGGGUUGGUAGCAAACAGUGCUACGAGCACGCGAAAGGCGAAGCGGUUGUCGUGCCGGGUCGGAACGGCGCGUCCAUGCGGGAUUGCGGGGUGGAUGCAGCAGGGGCUUGUGUUCGCGUGCAAGGCUGUGAAGGCCGCGGCUGUGGCUGGGUGCGCGGCCGUGGUGGAAUGGGUGCUUGCGCGCGUCGGCCGCACGGGAGUACCGUAAUGGAACCCGUAUUGGGGUCAGCGCCUAUCCGGUUAUAACCGAUUAACCGCAGUGUAUGGCGCAACAUACAUUGCGUCAGGGGCUCACGGCGGUUGCAGGCGAGGUCCGCCUGAAGGGGACACAGCAUUGCAGCCCUGAGCGGCUGAGCGAGGUCACAUGAGGAUGCGGAUACUGUUGUCUGGAGAGUCUGGCUCUGCGGCCGGUGGAUUUGCUGGUGCAGGGGUGCUGGGGUGCGCGGUUAAGGGGUUGAGAGAUGCCGGUCGUUGAUCACCACCCAUGACCCGACCUUUCAGCCGCAAUUCGGCGCCCCGAAGAUGAUUCGAGCCCUUUGUCAAGGUCAAGCUAUGUCGAUAUGAGGCCCGGAAUGUGUCGUAAGUAACGGUCACCCAGAGAUCAUAGGCUUCCGUGCUGCAGUGCUGCCAUCCUAGCUUUGCGGGAUGGCCGAGGCCCGGGCCUUGCAGCGUGGGGAGGUGGCACUGGGCACGGGCAGCCAAGGCGAGCUCUAUGGCCUCCGCGUCCCCCAGCUGUGAUACAUGUAAUUAGCUCGACUA